GUCGGCUUAUGCAUGAAGCGACGAUCACGUGACCUCCCUGCGCGUUCGGUGUUUUAGCGCUGACUUAGUAACUCCCUGCGUUGCGUCACUUGCUGGCUUGUUUAUUCUUGUCACGGUUGUAAAUCGCGUAAGCUUAUCAUUUCCCUUUGAAGAAAUUUUUGAAGUAAAAAAUGGCUCAAGUUCCUCCAUACCCAGGGACUCAGGUUCCUCCAUAUCCAGGAUUUAAUCCUUACGUUGCUGGAGGUGCAGGUUAUCCAGAACAUCCAGGUCAACAGUAUCCAUACCCACAGCAAGCAGGACAACAGUAUCCAAUGUCUGAUUCACAAGUCCCUGGACAGCAGUAUCCAUUGCCUACUGCACAGAUCCCUGGACAGCAUUAUCCAAUGUCUGGUGCACAGAUCCCUGGACAGCAGUAUCCACCACCUCCUCCUGGUAAUAUGCCUAGUAAGUUGAAGCUUGUUGUGUGUCUAUUGUUAGCCCAGAAUUAUAAAUUAGAUAAUUUAAUGUUUUAUCAUUCUGUUUUUCAGAAUGUACUAAGAAAUGCCUAG